AAUAACUGCGCCUCACUGCUGCGGUGCACGGUGUCCCCCUCCCUACCCGCUGUCUGCGGCUGGCCACCCUCAUAGCCCCCGAGCUCUGUGUGCGACGAUGGACUACUCGGGCACCAAGGAGUCGCCUCCUGCCGGGGCUUGGUGGUCGAGGGAGACGGUGGCCGUGGUGACCGGCGCGAACCGCGGCAUCGGCCACGCGCUCGCCGCCCGCCUGGCCGAGCACGGCCUCACCGUGGUGCUCACCGCGCGGGACGGCGAGCGCGGGGAGGCCGCCGCGGCGCCGCUCCUCGCGCGCGGGCUCGCCGUCGUCUUCCGCAGGCUCGACGUCUCCGACCCCGCCUCCGUCGCCGAGUUCGCCGCGUGGAUCCGCGACGCCCUCGGCGGCCUCGACAUCCUGGUGAACAACGCAGCCGUGUCGUUUAACGAGAUCGACACCAACUCCGUGGAGCACGCCGAGGCUGUCCUCAGGACCAACUUCUACGGGGCCAAGAUGCUCACCGAAGCGCUCCUGCCGCUGUUCCGGCAGUCGUCGGCGACCAGCAGGAUCCUCAACGUCAGCUCCCAGCUUGGCCUUCUCAACAAGGUGAGCGACCCGUCGCUGAGGGCGCUGCUGCUGGACGAGGACGGGCUGACGGAGGCGGGGAUAGAGGCGAUGGUGUCGCGGUUCCUGGCGCAGGUGAAGGACGGGACGUGGGGCGGGCAGGGUUGGCCCAAGGUGUGGACGGACUACUCGGUCUCCAAGCUGGCCCUGAACGCCUACUCGCGGCUGCUGGCGCGGCGGCUGCAGGCGCGCGGCGCGCGCGUGAGCGUCAACUGCUUCUGCCCCGGGUUCACGCGCACGGGCAUGACCAAGGGCUGGGGGAAGCGCACCGCCGAGGAGGCGGCCGACGUCGCCGCGCGGCUCGCGCUGCUGGCGCCCGCCGAGCUCCCCACGGGGACCUUCUUCAAGUGGUGCACGCCGCAGCUCUACUCCAAGCUGUGACUGUGACUGGAUAGCUACGCCUACCGUCGUCGGCAGUGUGUGCGUGCGCUCCGUGAACGCUGGAGUAUAUAUAUAUAGUUCGGUUCCUUUAGCUACUCUGCUCAGAAGUCAGAAACGGGAGUGUCGAUCUGCCAAGGUGCUUUCGGUUGAACACAGCUCGUUUGUGACCUCUCCGCAAUGUACCAUGUACCUAGUUGUCUAAGAUCUAGGUCAACUUUCUGUGCACUGGUUGAAUGGUUGCCUUGCCUCUGC